UUUUAACUGGUUUUGCUUGCUUAAACUUCAGAAAAUACUCUAUAAAAUAGGGAACAUAUAGGGAAAAUAAACUUUAUGACUACAUAUAGUGUAAUCUACUUAAAUACAAAAUGAUACUAAACUACAUUCCUCGUGUUACUCAGGUAAAACUAGCAAGACUACUUUAUUCUGAUUUAACUUUAUUUUUUUUUUACACAUAAAUGACGAUAUAUUUACAAUAUUAAUCAAAAUUGUUCCUAUUUGAUAGUCUAAUAAAUAAUCUCGCAACUUUUAGCUGGAUGCGGUACAAUUGGACAAGCAAAUUGAAGAACUCUUUAAACAUUUACUGCAUCAAUCUACAAAAUAUGUAAAGCCAGGGUUUUUUGAGCCAUAUCUGCCAGAAAUAGACCUGUUUCUGAGAACAUGGAUAUUUAAAUAUUCAGUUUAUAGCAAGAGAAGCACUUUUGGGCAAGAUAUUUUGUCACUUAAUUAUAAAAAAGACAACUUUACAAAUAGCAAAAUUUAUUGGUAUUUUGGAUAUACUAUAGGUCUUAGAUAUCUUAAAGAUAGGGCUUUAUACAGUUUUACAUCAAAUAUGAGAGUGCAAAAUUUAUUUUACAAAAUAGAAAUGUUCCAAGUUGUUGGAGAUAUUUUAAAUUUUUUGCGAUUCAUACAAAGUGGUAAACAUCCUAUGCUGAUUGAUUUCUUUUUGGGUCUUGAAUUAACUGCAGAAAAAUUGACGAGAGAGGAUCUGACAGAUUUUUCAUGGACCCGGGAGCUUUUAUGGCACAACUUUAUUGAAUUAAUUGGUACAGUAAUGUCGUUAAUCAAUAUGUUUGGGUUAAAAAGAAAAUUAAUGCAGAUGUUGAAAUAUGCUUGGUGGAAGCCAAAUACUUAUUCCAGAGGACAAAUGACUACACCUGUUAUGUUAUCUCAAACAGAUUGUACAACUUGUUUAAACAAACCGGUAUUGCCUCAUACCAUGGGUUGUUCACAUAUAUUCUGCUAUUAUUGUUUGAUGGUAAUUAUUUUGGAAAGUUAUUACUUUCCUACUGCUGAUGGUAAUUAUUUUGGAAAUUUGUAUUAAUCCUUAUUGAUACAUGUAAUUUUUAAUUUCAGGCCAAUAAAAUUGCAGAUCAAGAUUAUGCAUGCCCAAAAUGUUAUUACAAUGGAAAAGAUAUAAAAAGAUUUACUGUUGUUUAAUAUCCAUAACUAUGAAGUAAUGUUGAUGUUGUGAUAUAUCAAUAUACUACACAACAUGUACAAACAUUCAAUUGACUCCUGCCUCGGAACUUGAUAUUCUUUGGGCUACUCCACAUAUUGCCAUGUGUCCAAAAAUAAAGAAAUAAAAACAUUUCAAAAAUUAGAACCAACUUCAAAUUGUAAAAAGUUAAAAAUUGUUUCUUUUCCACAACAUAUUAAAGUAAACCUGAAUUCACUCUUAUGUGAAUCUUUAAGGUUGAUGUUUGAGUGACUCUCUUUACAAUAUCCGCGAUCACCGAUAACCCGCAAACAGUUCAACAAGUUCCGCAAAGAAACAGCGAUACCAGCAUUGCCAGAUUUUUUUUUUGCCAAGUCGGGAUUUUGAAACUUUUUGAGUGAAAAAAGCGGGAGUCUAUUGUCGAAUGCGGGACAUAGUAUAUAAUCAGAAGUUUUCAAAUAUUAUUUGCGUUUAAACAAAAAGCAGUUUUAAAAAACGCCAAUUAAAAAUCAAACAACGUGUUAUGCUUAAAAAUUUUAAGUCGUUAUUUCCACCUCUAAUUAUAAUUAUGCGCCGGGCGGGUGUCCAGUCCACACUUGUUCAUGGCACCCGGCUGCGCUUUCUCAGAACGCUGCACGCACGGUCGAGUUAUCCCCGGAAGCGGGACCAAACCUGUCCCGCGCGGGACAUUUAAUUUUGAUUUAAAAAUCGGGACGUCCUGCCUAAAUCGGGACCUCUGGCAACGCUGAGCGAUACGUAGACAUCUUUAAGAGCCCUAUUAAAAAUUUGUACUCUGUGAGAUAAGGUAUUUUGAAGCGUCCCGAGCUCU